GGAAAUCUCACGUCAGCCCACGCUGAGCACAUACAUUCUGGUUAGAACAGGGAAGACAGAAACAGACCUAAAACAACAAGUGGGUUAUGUGACCCUGUCCAAGAUGAUAUUACUUCUUAUUGGUGUUUUCUUUGGCAGCAUUCCCUCGUUUGCAUUUUCUUCGUCUUCACAGCCAAAAAUUACCUGCCUUAUCAUAAAUUUGGACUAUGUUAAUUGCACAUGGACUGAACAUAAGCACAAUUACACUUUCAAGAGCAAGUUUUCUCAUAAAGAAACUCUUGAUUGUGAAAAAUACCUCAGCACUGACGGUGUUAACACGGGCUGUGUGUUCCACUAUGAAAAACCACAACGGUUUAUUACGCUGAAAACACGUCUGCAUAGCAGCAACGGCAGUUUGGUGACAGAACAGGAACAUAAUCUGAAAGAAUAUGUGAAGCUUUACUCUCCGGUCAACCUGUCCGUGGUGGAGAAGAAAGAUGCUGAACUGUGGCUGUACUGGAAUAUUACAAAGAACGACAGCUGCAUUGAGAGUCAAGUUCGUCACAGGACGGACAACAAUGCCUGGAAGAACACCACUCCAGGCCACAGGACCUCCUUCAGUUUGCCUUUUCCCUCAAACAAACGCUACGAGUUCCAGGUGAGGUCUCGAAUAGAGUUUUCCUGCGGAGAGUCCAAGCUUUGGAGCGACUGGAGUGAGCCUAUCUACUGGGAGCAGUUAAAGACCAACAACACCACAGACGGCCGCAUAUCUGUGAUGUCCCUGGUGCUGUGUACAGCAGUAGCCUCAGUAAUUCUCCUCAUACUGGCCUGCUUGCUCGUCCAUAGCGAGAGGUUGAGAAUCAUUUUGAUACCAGUGGUACCAAACGCAGGACGCAAUGUAAGCAACUACCUUGCAGCUCUUUUUGACAAUUAUGAUGGCAAUGUUGAGAAAUGGCUGUCCAUGCCUAAAGAUCUGGAGAACGGCUUCAAACCCAAUUUCACAGAGCGUGCAUGUCUUGUGCGCGAGUACAAGAUAAUGUCCCAGUCCAGCACCGACAGCGAAAGCAUCCUCUCGAAGCCGACAGACCUGUCAUCAGAUUACCAGUGCAUGCAUAGCUACUCGUCAUCCUCCACCAUACCUAGUUCUUCCGAAACCAUACAAACCCAAGAUCUAUCGCAUUUGGAUAAGCCAGUCUAAAUCUUCAUCUUAAUCUGAGGCAAUUAAAAUUAAGGGGUUUAGAAAUCGGCAGAUUUGAAAUUUAAUUUUGAAACUAGAAUCCUGAAGAGAAAAGAAAAACGUUUAUAUGCAAGAACGGGGGGGGUUUGAAUGUGUUACAUGAUGAGUUCCAGUCAAAUCCAGCAUUUGCACUUUUAUUUUUUAAAUAAUCAACCUAGAACAACAAUUUUUUAUGUUUUCUUAGGUUUAAGCAGGAUAAUCUAGUGUUCUUAACUAAAAUGGUGUUCCUUUUUGUGUUUUAUAUAGUUCGGAGUUUGUUUUUGCUGUUUCAGGGCAAGUUGUGGAUUUUUUUUUUGCUUGUGUCAGAAGUAUUUUUCUCAGUGUUGUUAGCUGUUUUACCACAGUAAUGUACAAUUGGUAAUUUUUCUGUAUCCAGAAGCAAGGCAUUCGAGAAAUUAGAAUUGUUGCAAGCAGUGACUUAUGAAGGUGUAAAAUGUGUCUGUGAUAACAUGUAUACUUAGUACAAAGUAAAUUCUAGAAUUUUAUAUAUGUACUUUUGGGAAAAUCCCAUCACCUAGCAGCCUAUGUAUCAUCUGAUUAUUUAGUUGAGUGCUAUUUGUGAUUCAUGUUGCAGGCAAUUUUUUUAUCUACUUGUAGUUUCACUUUGACUAAACCAAUUGCUCUGAAAUUUAACUUUUAGAUUUAAUUUUUCUUGCCAUAUAUAUAUUAAUUGCGUAUUCAUUGUGUGUUUUUAUCAGAAUUUAUUAUUGCACUUUUAAUAUUUUGCUCAUCUGUAUUACUGAUAAAAUUUCACAUUUUUGAAAAACAUUCAACAAUUAGCUAUUUUAAGGUGAUUAUAUGUUUAAAGACAAGUGUGAUGCUUCAAGAAUAUAAUGCUUUUACAGUCUCAGAAUAAAAAGAUUUUGUGUGA